AUGCAUAUCAGCGAUGGGGCUGAGUACUUGACGUACUUGACACCUUGGUCUAUGGUCAUACUUGCCUUGAGUGCGUAUCUCGCGUUCAGUGCGAUAUACAACCUCCACCUACAUCCCCUUUCAAAAAUCCCUGGUCCGCGUCUAUGGGCGAUUUCGCGAUUGCCAUUCGUGUGGUCACUACUACGAGGUACUAUCGUACACGACGUAGAGAAACUCCAUAGAAGAUACGGACCAGUUCUACGCAUCGCCCCGGACGAAGUAACGUAUGCCCGGGAGGAUGCGUGGGUUGAUAUCUUUCACCCUCGGCCAGGUCAUCGCCCGUUCUUGAAAGAUCCGACGUGGUGGCGGUCGCAAGCGAACAAGCCUCUGACGUUGCUCAGCGCCAUUGAACCGGAGGAGCAUGCGAGGUUUAGAAAGCUUUUAGCACCUGCCUUCACGCAGCGGGCCCUGAAGGCUCAGGAGCCGGUCUUACAUCGCUACGUUAACCUACUUGUCGAGCGGCUACGCGACGUUGCGGCUGGAGAUCCGGAAAAGGGAUCAGAGGUCAAUAUUGUCCCUUGGUUCAACUUUGUCACCUUCGAUAUCUUCGGCGACCUUGGGUUUGGCGAGUCCUUCGAAUGCCUUGAAAAUUCCCGAUAUCACCCCUGGAUCGACCUUCUGUUCAAUAGCGUCAAGGCUGCUUCAUACAUCGCUGCGGCACGCUUCUAUCCCUUGGUAGGUUGGGUACUCGUCAAGUGCAUCCCGCCCUCUCUUCGAAGGACGCAACGUGCCCAUGGCGAACAGAUCGCGGAGAAGGUGUCUCGCCGCCUCAACUAUGAACUUGAACGACCCGAUAUCAUGUCACAUCUCAUUGAGGCAAAGGGGCAGAAGGGGUUGACGACUGGCGAGUUAAAUGCGACAUUCGUGGGGCUUACGACUGCCGGUAGCGAAACCACCGCUACUGUGCUGGUUGGUACCUUGAACUAUCUUGUUAAUCAUCCAGCUCAAUUCGGGGCUUUGACGAAGGAGAUACGAGAACACUUUCAAGCCGAGAGCGAAAUAACUCUGGACGAGUUACGGAAGCUUCCAUACCUUCACGCAGUUAUUCAGGAGGGAUUGCGACUGUGCCCUCCUAUCCCAUGGGUGCUUCCGAGACUGGUCCCUAUCGGUGGUGACACAACGCGAGUGUCAAUCCAGACAUACACUAUAAAUCGCGAUCCAGGAUACUUCCAUUCGCCGUGCGAAUUCUGUCCAGAGCGUUGGCUGCAAGGGGCGAAGACCGAUACCGGGUCUCCUUUCUACGAGGACAAACUUGAAGCAAUGCAAGUCUUCAGCACAGGGACAAGAUCCUGUAUGGGUCAGCAUCUGGCAUGGGCAGAGAUGAAAUUGGUCCUCGCCAAGGCAAUCUGGGCGAUCGACUUUGAGGCGGUAGAGGGUAAGAAGGUGAAGUGGGAAGAUCUGAGGACAUUUUUGCUUGUUGAGAAGCGACCUAUUGUGGUGAAUAUGAAGGUGAGGCAAACCGAGUGA